AUGCCUCCCACUCCCAAUCUCGCCUUCGCUUAUCUCCUCCGAGACCGUCUCUACUGGGUUCGUCAGGAAAUCGCCCGGAACGAGAACGACCUCAGUGAGGCUUUCGAGAGGAGACAAGCGACAGCCACCAAGCUCGCCUUCCUUCGUUCUGUGCUCCGUAGCAUGGGAUACAACCCGAUGACCCGCAGCACUGGGCCCAACGUUGGGGUACCAGUCCUCAUCCCGUGGAUUCUCACCCAGAUGAGAAGGGAGAGGAAUAACCUGGCCAUCAAUGAUGACCGUCGUAGAUCCUUCCGCAGGAUUAUUGUCGCUGGCAGGGUCGAAGAGCUGGAGUGGUUGAAGCAGAUCAGCGCUUAUGAUGCUCGCAUCGAGGCAUAUACGGUCGCGUUGCUGCUGGCUGAGGAGAAAAAAAUGGAAGCGGAGAGUGUCUCGCUCCGUUCCGUCAACGACGAGGACAAUUCCGGUACCGUACUCCCUUCGGACUCCCAAGCUUAG